AUGUUUGUAUUGGAACAAGAAGAAUAUAGACGUGAAAGUAUUGAAUGGAAAUUUAUCGAUUUUGGUUUGGAUCUACAACCAACGAUCGAUUUAAUUGAAAAAGUUAAUCCGGUGGGAAUAUUGUCAUGUCUUGAUGAAGAAUGUGUUAUGCCAAAAGCAACUGACAAAACUUUUGUAGAAAAAUUACAUAGUUUAUGGAAAGACAAAUCAUCAAUAUAUCAAGUUCCGCGUUUUCAGCAAGGUUUCAUAUUACAACAUUAUGCUGCUAAAGUAGAGUACAGAACUGAAGGAUGGCUUAAUAAAAACAAAGAUCCGUUGAACGAAAAUAUUACUAAACUACUGGCUUACUCAAAUUGCGAAUAUAUUGCAUCUUUAUUCCAAGAUUUUUAUGGUGACAACAAUAACAUUAUAGAUUAUGGAACAAAAAAUCGUGUUAAACGUGGUGCCUUUAGAACUGUAGGACAUCGCCACAAAGAACAAUUACAUUCAUUAAUGAAACAAUUAUACUCAACUCAUCCACAUUUUGUCCGAUGUAUUGUUCCUAAUGAAGAGAAAAAGCCAGGAAAGAUUUAUGUGCCAUUAGUACUUGAUCAAUUAAGAUGUAAUGGUGUUCUUGAAGGCAUUAGGAUAUGUCGUACUGGAUUCCCUAAUCGAUUGGGGUUUGUCGAAUUUCGUCAACGUUAUGAAAUCUUGGUCCCAGGGAUUAUUCCUGAUGGAUUUAUUGACGGCAGAGAGGCUGCACGGCAAUUAUUGGAGGCUUUUAAUCUGGAUAGUUCACAAUAUCGUAUUGGAUUAAGCAAAGUUUUAUUUAAAUCUGGAGUGGUAAUUAUUUUUAUAUAUAGCUAG